AAAGCCUUCCUCCCGCGCCUCGCCUGUAGUCAUUUGUUCUGCCAAUGCCAGUUCCCAGCAGGCACAUCAAUAUUGGCCGAUCUCAGAGCUGGGAUGCUGCUGGCUGGCAUGAGGGCCCUUGGGACAACGCCGGGCCUCCAGGGAGGAGAAGCUCCCUGACGUAUGGCCCCUCCGAGGGGUCCUGGUGUGAGCCGCUGAGCCACCGAUCGCAGGACACUGAGCCUUACCUGUACCGGGAAGCUUUUUAUAACUCACUGGCGGCAAGGAAGGGCUCCGUGCCCGACUUCACCUUCUACGACAGCAGACAGGCAGUGAUGUCUGGCCGCGGCACCCUGCUGCCACAAGACUACUACAGCGAACCACACAGAGGCACCAGGGUACCCAAGGAGCCUCCUUUCUAUCGGGACCCAGGAGCCAGCCGGCCAGUGCCCAGCUACGGAGUACUCGGCGGCCGAGUGCCGUGGGAGCAGGUACAAGGCCAGUUACCUGCCCUGCAGGACACCAGUCAGCUGUACCGGGAAUCUGGGGGUAACAUGAUCCCACAGGGGCAGCGGACACACAGCAGGGCCUGCUCUCCUGGGCGGUAUGGAAGGGAGCUGACUGAUUCCAGGUUAGGGAUUGAGGUUCCCACUCACUCCCCCAUCUCCAGUCAGGUCUACAAUGAUGUCUGUGAAAGACCUGUCGAUUCUGCCCUUGCCAGACAGGUGGCCCCAACGUGCCUGGUCAUGGACCCCAGCUCCGCUACUCCUAUGGAGAACGGCACAGGGGUGACCCCGGGUGCCCUGAAUCGAGGCUAUGGGCCUUCUCGGGAAAGCCUCGACUCAAAGAUGGCUUAUGAGAGUUAUGAAGCCGACUUGUCUGCGUUCCAGGGACCUUGGGGCAAGAGGAGUGUGCCCUCUGAGUUUCUUGCCCUGCUGCGGGCAGAGGGCGUGGGGGAGGCCACCCUGGCUGCCCUCUUACAGCAAGGCUUCGACUCGCCCGCCGUCCUGGCCACCCUGGAGGAGGCUGACAUUAAGUCUGUCGCACCCAACCUGGGUCAGGCCCGGGUCCUGAGCCGCCUGGCCAGCAGCUUCAGGACAGAGAUGCAGUUUAGGAGACAGGACCGGACAGGUCCCACUCCCCGCCCGCGGUCCAGUAGCUUCAGCCACCGAGGGGAGCUGCUGCCUAGUGACUUGGCUUCACUUGGUACCACAGCCCUUCAGCCGGCACCGCCUGCCCGCACUGGAGAUCCAGCUCGCCGUCCUUCCAGUGCACCUUCCCAGCACCUCCUGGAAACUGCAGCCACUUACUCUGCCCCUGGGGUCGGGGCCCAAACCCCCAACUUCCCCACCAAUUCUGGAUAUAGUUCUCUUACCCCUUGCUCUCUGACAGGACGGAUGGGCUCUUCCUACUCUCCACAGGCUGGGGUGGCCUUAACUAACCCAGGCCCCUCUGUCCCACUACACCCGAACCCCAGAACAGCCUACUCCACCUCGUACACAGUGCCCAUGGAAUUGCUGAAGAGGCAGCGCAGCAUGACGGCCUCUCCGCUGCCCAGCCCCCAGCUCCUACGGAAGCCCGGAGCGCCCUUGGAGCCCUCUGUUCUACCACCAGUCAGCCAAAGCCUCCACAUGCCUCACUCACCGUACCAGAAGGUGGCCCGGCGGACAGGGGCCCCCAUCAUUGUGUCAACCAUGCUAACUCCAGAACCAAGUAUCCGCCCCCAGAUCAUGAACGGCCCCCUGCACCCCCGCCCCCUGGUGGCACUGUUGGAUGGCAGAGACUGCACUGUGGAGAUGCCCAUCCUGAAAGACCUGGCCACUGUAGCCUUCUGCGACGCACAGUCUACUCAGGAAAUCCACGAGAAGGUGUUAAACGAGGCUGUGGGUGCCAUGAUGUACCACACCAUCACCCUCACCAGGGAAGACCUAGAGAAGUUCAAGGCUCUGAGGGUGAUUGUGCGGAUCGGCAGUGGCUACGACAACGUGGACAUCAAGGCUGCCGGCGAGCUUGGGAUCGCUGUGUGCAACAUCCCAUCUGCUGCUGUGGAGGAGACUGCAGAUUCCACUGUCUGCCACAUCCUCAAUCUCUACCGACGGAACACGUGGCUGUACCAGGCACUGCGAGAAGGCACACGGGUACAGAGCGUGGAGCAGAUCCGUGAGGUGGCCUCAGGAGCAGCUCGAAUCCGAGGAGAGACCCUGGGCCUCAUCGGCUUUGGUCGCACAGGGCAGGCGGUUGCUGUUCGAGCCAAGGCCUUUGGAUUCAGCGUCAUAUUUUAUGACCCCUACUUGCAGGAUGGGAUAGAGAGGUCUCUGGGUGUGCAGAGAGUCUAUACCCUGCAGGACUUGCUGUAUCAGAGCGACUGCGUCUCCUUGCACUGCAAUCUCAAUGAACAUAACCACCACCUCAUCAAUGACUUUACUAUUAAGCAGAUGAGGCAAGGGGCAUUCCUCGUGAACGCAGCCCGAGGUGGUCUGGUGGAUGAGAAAGCCUUAGCUCAGGCCCUCAAAGAGGGCAGGAUACGAGGGGCAGCCCUUGACGUACAUGAGUCAGAGCCCUUUAGCUUUGCUCAGGGUCCAUUGAAAGAUGCACCGAAUCUCAUCUGUACACCCCAUACAGCCUGGUAUAGUGAACAAGCUUCGCUAGAGAUGAGGGAGGCAGCUGCCACGGAGAUCCGCCGAGCAAUCACAGGUCGCAUCCCAGAAAGCUUACGAAACUGUGUCAACAAAGAAUUCUUUGUUACUUCUGCUCCUUGGUCAGUAAUAGACCAGCAAGCAAUUCAUCCUGAGCUCAAUGGUGCCACGUACAGGUACCCACCAGGCAUUGUGGGCGUAGCCCCAGGAGGACUUCCUGCAGCCAUGGAAGGCAUCAUCCCUGGAGGCAUCCCGGUGACUCACAACCUUCCCACAGUGGCACACCCUUCCCAAGCUCCCUCUCCCAACCAGCCCACCAAACACGGGGACAAUCGAGAGCACCCCAACGAGCAAUAGCAGAGAAUGCUGAAAGGUUCAGAUAAACUUGGGACCAAGAGACAGUGGAAAAUGGAUGAACUGAGAGAGAAGGAAUUGAACUUUUUAAAUGAUCCUGGACAUCCACAUCAUUGAUGUUGCAGUGUUAAAGCUACAAGAGCUAGAAAACUGAAGAUGACAUCUGCUUCCGGAAGCGCUGAAAAGCUAGGAUGUGAUUUAUUAACGACCAACUUCUGUUAUUGUGUGUUAAGUUUUUCAUCUGUGCAUCAAAUCACAAACAACAAAUAGAGCUUUCCCUAUAUCGGCCCCUUGGGCACAGCAGGUCCUGAGCAGUUGGCUCUAGGGUGUUGCAUCAAGAGUUCCUAACAUCAAUAAAAAAUUGAGAGGAAACCCUCAUCUUAAGACUCUAGUCCCUUUGGUCUACAGGGGCUCAUUACCUCUUGGCUGGUAGGAAGAUUAAAUUACGACAAGAUGUGGAGAGCACUGUCUGCCUGUGGUAGACAUCUACAUGCAGAGGAGUGGAGGAAGUGCGGGUUCCUGUACAGAGAAGUAUCAAGUGUCUCUCACAUCUGAACUGCAGACUGACGGGCAAGUUGGCUGUAAGUUCAGUAAUACCCUCUGAUGAUGCAAAAAAAAAAACAAAACAAAAAAAAACAUAAAACAUAAAAAAAAGAAAAAAAGAAAAAAGUAUUAAGUUUCACAAGCUGUUUGUACUCAAAUCUAUUUUCUCAGUUUCAGAUCCUCAGCUAUUUUAUUGAGUGGAAAGUCUUGAACCGCAAGGGUUCAAGAAGAAUAAUGUUGCAUUUCCUUAUGUCUCAGGAAACACUUUUUAUGGUAACUUGUCAGAUUGUCUAUGAACAAACCCACUUUUUUAGACAUUGAUAAAUUCUUUUCUUCACGUGAUAUUUUAUACAAGAACACUUCAGAUGUGUUACUAGAUGUGACUGAUUUUAACAAAUCCUAUUAGAUUUGUACCAACUAGUUCAUGUUCUAUCCAUAGUCUUUUGUGAAUCAUUGCCUUUUUGUUUUAAAAGAUGGCCUAGUUUGAGCCUUUGUAUAGGUACAUUCCUGUUUUUGUGACAAAGAAAAACUUUAAACUGUCCCAAACAAAAAUAAUGGCUAUCAGGAGUAUGUUUUGUUUUAGUGUGAGUUACCGUUACUGUAUUUGUUUAUUGUAAAGGUGGACAUUUAGCGUUCAGUGCAGUUUUCAAUAAAAACUAAUUAAAAUUUCUGUUAA